CUGAUUUGUGCAAAAUGUGCGAGUGGAGUGGAGUGGAGUGUAUCUCUGAGAUACAGGCGAUCUGAUAGGCAGGCGCAUCUCUGUUAGGAGCAAGCUGAGCUUUGAGGAGCCGCCAAAAAUACGGGACGUCACGUGAGCCGCUCGGUAGAGACGCGAGGCCGAGGAUGUUGGAACGCCUUGCAGCCUAUUUCCUCAACACGUACGUGGCCGAGUACGUAGGAAACGUUGUAACGGACCAGCUCACCAUCGGAUGGCGAGGAGACGUGGAAUUGGAGAAGCUGCCGCUGAAAAAGAAUGCCCUGCAUAAGCACCAGCUACCCUUCGACAUUGUAUCAGGCUUUAUUGGUAAGCUGAAGCUGCAGAUACCAGUUCGAUACAUCAAGAGUCAGCCAUGGGUGGUCCAGAUUGAUCAGGUCUAUGUAAUACUUGGUCCUUCUCACCCGGACAAGGUAAUCACUUAUAAACCUAAUACAAAGAAGCUAACACUGCACUAUCCUCAUAAUAAUGUGUACAGUAUGAUGGAGAUGAGGAGGAGAGGAGAGGGCAGGAGAAGAAGCAGGCCCAGCUGGCCAGACUGGAGCAGCAGUGGAAGGAGGAGCAGAGAGAGAGAGAGAGGUGGCGGGUGGUGGUUUCUGUCCCCCUUCUCCCUCUCCCUCCCCUCCAACAUCAUCUCCAACCUCCAGGUCAUCAUUAACGACGUCCACGUUCGUUACGAAGACUCCAGUCCAGGGGUUUCCCCAUUCUCUCUGGGAGUAUUGGUAUCCUCCAUCUCGUCCAGUCAACUGAUGAGAACUGGGUAUGAUAUUUUCGUUUCUCUUCUUCACGGCAAUAGAAAGGAGUUCAGAAGUGAGUGUGACAAGGACUACAAGCUGAUGGACGUGGUCGAUUUCUCCGUCUACUGGGACUCCACGAUGGUCGGUGAUCUGGAGGGAGACGCUCUGGUGCUGGCCCUCCAGGAGAAGAAAGCUGCCAUGGAAACCCAGCAAGACCCCAUGUCAGCCAGCAUGAUGGCAGGCCACGCCCCCUCAGUCGAUGUCAUCAUUAAACCCACGGGGGGCCAGGUGAAACUGAUCAGAAAUCGCUCGAGGGACCCCCUGAAAUCGUCGGAGGGGCCGCGGGUCUCGCUGGAGGUCCAUCUUGAGGAGAUACCGGUGGAGGUGAGGGAAGAGCAGUGGGGGAGUCUGGUGAGGAGUGGGGAGGAGAGUGUGAGGAGGUGGAGUGGGAGGAGGUGGAGAAAAUGGAAGCCCCUCGCCCCAGUCUCUAAAGAUCCCAGAGGUUGGUGGAUGUUUGCCAUCAUGAGCGUGGUGGAGAGAGUGAGAGAGAGGAACAGACGAUGCUCUCCUGAGUUUCUCCUGCAGAGGGCCAAUCAGAACAUCGCCUAUGUCGCAAUAUAUACACAACAUCUUGCUCUGGGCUCAGUAUCAGAGGAGGGCAGGAAGAUGAUGGAGGAGGUGGAGAGAGAGCAGACUUUCGAGGAGUUGGCUGUUCUGAGGAGACUAGUCAUGACUCACAUCAAGACUGAGAGAGACCUUGCAGAGGCUGCUCAGGCGAGGAUUGAGAAGGAGAGUGGUAACCAACGGGAACCGGGAGUGAUGCAGCGAUGGUUCACUGGGUGGAUGUCUGGUUACCAGGGGCAACAAGAGCAACCACCCAGAGAGGAAGAGGAAGAAGAGCUACUGCAGGAAUUGGGCUACGAAUCUUCUCCCUCCGACUCGACCCACAGAGACAGUCUCUUCCUCAGACUCUCCUUCACCCUCUCUCGCGGCUCUCUCUCCCUCCUCACCUCCUCCCCCCUCACCCUCCCCUUCCUAGGCCCCUCCCCGCUCGUCUCUCUCUCCUUCUCCUCCCUCUGCUCGUCCCUAGAGAUCAGACCGAGGGUGCGCGGCGCGACGUUUGAGCUCUCAUUGGGAGGACUCUCCCUCAAUGACGAGGUUGAUGAUGACAGUCUGUUUCCUGCUCUCAUGAGACCCAAAGGAUCUGAGUUGCCGAUGACUUGUGGUGAAGAAGAAGAAGAAGAAGAAGGAGGGGGUGGUGGUAUGGAUGAGGCGGACGGAGUCCCACUCCAGUCUGGAAUGGAAUCGCCUCUCUUCAGACUGAGGGCCUCUCUGGAGAGAGGGGAAAGAUCAAGUCAUCUCCAUGUUCACUCAAGACCACUCGAUGUGGUCUACAGUCGCUUCACAACCGACAAACUCUUCCGUUUCCUCCAGAACCCCUGGGUGGGAGAAAGGGGCGGGGCCCAUUUGGGGGCGGAGCUUCGUUCUCACACGACAGCUGGGAUCAGACAUCGUCUGGAGGAGCUGCUGGAGGGAGAGAAAAAGGCCAGUCAGUACCAGCUGUCGGUGAGACUUGACAUUUCAGCUCCCAGAAUAAUCAUCCCCGAGGACGUACGGAACAGAAACACCCAAAUGGUGAUCUUGGACCUGGGUCAUGUGACCUUCGGCAGUGUAUCUGAUUGGUCGGAGGAGCAGGAGAAGAGCCUGGAACAAGCUGUUCUACUAGACAACACCCCAACCACAGAGACAGAAGAUGAUGAUGAUGAGGAGUUUGCCACACCCCUCUCAUCACCACCGGGAGAGGCGGAGUCCACAGACGGCGGAAGCUCUGCCCCCUCGUUAUCGAGACCAGUGGGCGGGGCAGAGGUUGCAGCUGCCAUGGAGAGCAUGUCGUCUCUCCCUUCAGCUGUUGUCAGGGAUACCAACAGGUGAGAGCGAGCGAGGAUGAGAAGGUUAAGCGGUAAGCUUUAGACUGGUCGAAUGGUUUAUGAUUAAACAGGACAAAAUUGUAUCAACUACAAAAUAAUGACUAGGUAAGGUGAAAUUUGAAUAUCCAUUAUAAUCUAACAACCACAGCCUUGUUA